UGGUACGUUUCACAGGAAGAAGAAGAAGACGAAGACGAGACUGAUGACGAAGAAGAUACUGAGGACAAUGACGCGGAAGGAGACGAUGCGGUAUUGAGUACUGAAGAGGAAGAGGAAGAAGACGAUGAUGACGAUACGGACCAAAAUGUCUACGACGAAGAGGACGACGAUGACAAUGACCAGGAAGAUGAAGAGGAAGAUGAGACUGAAGAUGGCGAUGAAGUAGAAGAAGACGAUGAAGAGGAGGAUGAUGAAGUACAAAUAGGGAGUGCUGAACAGGUACAGUUCUUCAAUAAAAUUAUCUCAAUUCAAUCACAAAAGUGGUGAAAGAAUUGAGACAUUUUUAAUUGGUGAACUGUACAGUCAGUGUAUUGUUGCAUAGGAAGAUGAUGAUGA